UGAUGGAAUCCUUUUAUUCCACGUCUUUCUUUCUACAGGCAGGACUUAAUAUGAUCGCGAUGAGUCUUACGAGUUUACAAGCAUUUACGUAUAUGGACGAAAUGGCUAAGUUUCUUCAACAAAUGGUAUUUUCUUAUGCACAAUUACUUCAUUUAUUUUUUGAAUGUAUAAGUGCUCAACGUCUUAUAGAUCAUAGUAAUCGAAUGCAUGAACAUUUAAUAAAUGUGCAAUGGUAUCAAACAUCUAUUAGAACAAGAAAAAUAAUAAAUAUUAUGUUAAUUAGAUCAAGAUUACCUUGCACGUUAACUGCUGCAAAUAUGUUUGUCAUAUCUAUGGAAACUUUUAGCUCGAUUGUCCGUACAUCCAUGUCGUAUUUCACUGUUCUGCGUACUGCUCAAUAAAAUUUUACAAAAUUUGUGAAAAAUG